AUGGAUAUUUACAAUGUUUUCACUUCUUUAGUUCGUUUUAUUUUCCUCUUUCUUUCUUUAUUUAUUUAUUUAUUUAUUUCUCCCAUAUUUUCUUAUGCAUAUUUGCAUUUUCUUUCUUUCUUUUCUUUCUUUCUUUCUUUCUUUCUUUCUUUCUUUCUUUCUUUCUUUAUUUAUUUAUUUAUUUAUUUAUUUAUUUCUCCCAUAUUUGCUUAUGCAUAUUUGCAUUUUCUUUCUUUCUUUUCUUUCUUUUCUUUCUUUCUUUUUUUUUUCUUAAACUUCUUUUUUUCUUUUCUUUCUUUUAUUUAUUUAUUUGUUUUAUUUAUUUCUCCCCAUAUUUGCUUAUGCAUAUUUGCAUUUUUUUCUUUCUUUCUUUCUUUUCUUUAUUUAUUUAUUUAUUUAUUUAUCUAUUUAUUUCUCCCAUAUUUGCUUAUGCAUAUUUGCAUUUUCUUUCUUUCUUUCUUUCUUUAUUUAUUUAUUUAUUUAUUUCUCCCAUAUUUGCUUAUGCAUAUUUGCAUUUUCUUUCUUUCUUUUUUUCUUUAUUUAUUUAUUUAUUUAUUUAUUCAUCUAUUUAUUUCUCCCAUAUUUUUUUUUGCAUAUUUGCAUUUUCUUUCUUUCUUUCUUUCUUUCUUUAUUUAUUUAUUUAUUUCUCCCAUAUUUGCUUAUGCAUAUUUGCAUUUUCUUUCUUUCUUUCUUUCUUUAUUUAUUUAUUUAUUUAUUUAUUUCUCCCAUAUUUGCUUAUGCAUAUUUGCAUUUUCUUUCUUUCUUUCUUUAUUUAUUUAUUUAUUUAUUUAUUUCUCCCAUAUUUGCUUAUGCAUAUUUGCAUUUUCUUUCUUUCUUCCUUUCUUUCUUUCUUUCUUUCUUUCUUUCUUUCUCCCAAAUUUCCUUAUGAAUAUUUGCAAUGUUUUCACUUCUUUAGUUCGUUUUAUUUUCCUCUUUCCUUCUUUCUUUUUUCUUUCUUUUUUCUUUCUUUCUUUUUUCUUUCUUUCUCCAAUAUUUCCUUAUGCAUAUGUGCAUUGUUUUUACAUCUUUCUUUCUUAUUUACUUAUGCAUAUUUACACUGUUUUCACUCCUUCUUUCGAUCGUCUUAUUUCUUUCUUUCUUUCUUCCUUCAUUUCUUUCUUUCUUUCUUUCAAAUUUGCUUAUGAAUAUUUGCAUUGUUUUCACUCCUUUCGUUCGUUUUAUUUGUCUCUGUAUUUCUUUUUUCUUUCUUCUUUUCUUUUUUUCAUUCUUAUUUAUUUUUUUUAUUUAUCAUUGGUUUAUUUCUCCUGA